AUGGGAAAGAACGACAGCCUGUUCAGCAACAGCAGAAAGCUGACCGUCGAUUGGUUCAGGGAGAUCACCGUACCUGGCGCGUUAACGGGAAUACCCAGCAUCAGGACCAACGCCCACCCAGGGUACUUACGCAGGGCGGUACCGGAAGAGACCUUCUGCACGGGCAGCACCUACAAGGGGCAGGUGGACUCACUGGGGUUCGCCGGUGUUGGCACUUAUGUAUACCCGCAUGGCGCCGUAUACGAAGGGUACUUCAGGGAUGGGCAGUUCCAUGGUGAGGGUACUAUCACGUAUCCCAAUGGGGAUUAUAUCGAAGGCGUUUGGGUGAAUGGAAAACCAAAAAAUAGAACCUUUCACUUCCACGACGGUCUCAAAGUCGAGAAACCUUGGAGAUAUUGCGAAUUCCCCGAUAGACGUUAUGAAGAUGAGGAAACCAGGCAGAUACUUGACAACGAACUACCCCGGCACAAUUCUAUCAAGAUACCUCCCAACUGUUACUACACAGGGGACGGUUACUAUCGACCAGACAUCGGCAUAGUCUACAGCAAAAACAACAGGGUGUUGAGAGUGGUGACCAAGUUCGAGGAGAUCGAGAUCAAAGAAAAUUUCAGGAAAGAGGCGGACGAUCACGUGGGCUACAUGGCUAAACUGUACGAAUUUUGGACGGCAGGGAGAGCGAGGGAUAUCGAAGAAAUAGUGGAUAAAGAGGAAGCCAAACCGAGCGAGCAAAGAAAACUUUCUGUUUAUGCUUCCGACGACCAAUCGCAAUCCUUGUAUUCGCUGAAUUUCGUAGUCAAUUGA